UGUGUGGAAUCGUUUUUGGAUUUGUUUUUGCCGUCUGUCCGUUCGACAUGUCACCAGGUUUGCUUGUGUUCAGUUCGUUGGUGAUGCUGGUUAUGUGUUGAUGUGGUGCUAGUUGUGGUGCGUGUUCGUUCCUGAGGAUGUGAGUCGCGUUGCUGAGAAAAUCCUAGUCGCAGGCGCAGAUAAUGGCGGCUCAGUUGAACACUGCACCUUGGGCCAAGACGCAGACACUGGACAGACAGACCACCGUUUUACAAAAAAUUCUGGACAUCCCGAGCAAAACCAAUACGUUGCAGCACAGAAAAAAUGACUACACGACAGUCAUAUCGGACAUCCCGUCCAAAAACAGUUUUCUUUAUUCGCAGAAACUGAAGCAGAGCCUUCUGGAGUCGAAAAAGGCCUUUCUGAACUUGUCCCUGGAGGACAGCAAACAGGAGGAGUGCCAGUUAGAGGAGAAGUCCCUAGUGCUUACUUCCGGGGAACAACGAAGGCCCUUCAAGAAGAUCAGCUUCAAAAUAAAGAAAACGUCGUCGAUCUACAGGAGAUCGCACCAGAACCAAACGAAAAUGACAACCAUAAGUGCCAACACCGUAGCGGAGCUUACAAAGAAGUUCGAGAUGGGGAGCGAAGGUCUGGCGGAGCCCCAGCUGAAGAAAAUAUUGAAACGAGUCAACAGCCAGCGAAAUUCGGACAAAGAAAACGACAAAAAAGUGACCAGGAAGGCAAGUUUUAAAACGAAAGACCUUAAAGUUGCAAGGAAACCCAGUGUUAAAACAAAGUCGGCGGAUGACAAGAACUUAGUGAUUAUUAGGAAACCAUUGGUGGUGCGUAAAAACAGUGAAAAAAGCACGUCACGGACUAACAGUGAAAAUAAAGGAUGCGUCAGAGCUAAAAUUGGAUAUCUGGAGGGCCCGCUCUCGGUACCAAAACCAGAAGCCAAACCUCCCCGUCCAAAUUCUUUACCACUAACCAAAACAAAUAUUUUGACCAGUCAAAUAUCACCUACUAGUGGCACGGUAAGAGCUACAAUUGAAAUAUUCGAAAGGAAAACGUCUUUGACAGCUCCUACACUAAAGGAGUUGCCCAAAGAUACAACGUCAACUCAAGUUAGUAAUAAACCAGUGACCAAUGUAGUAACACCAGUUUCAAAUAAUUUAGACAGUGUAAAUCACUCUAAACAAGAAGCGACUAAAGUAGAUACUGUACAAGAAUUACAACCUAAUAAGCAAGACAAAGAAAAAGAAGACACCAAAGUGGAAGAGUUACAAGAGCCAAAACGACCACUGCCAACCAAGAACUACUCAACCUUACAUAACUCCUCUAGUUUAAAUACACAAAGGGAAGUACCCAAAAUACUGCCCAAACCGAAAUUACCCGAAAAGAAGUAUUUCCUGAGGCCAAAGACUAUUUUAAAAGAUACACACAGACAGGAAUCUGAUUUGCCCAAAGAGCAAGCGAUUAAGACUGACAUAAUAGACGAAGUACAAAUUAUUAACAUCCCAGCCGUUCUGCCGAAGAAACGAUGUGAUUCUUUGUACGAAACUACUCAUUUAAAAAAGGUGUCACCUCCAACAAUCAAAAGAUCAAAAUCUGAAAAGAUAGAACCAGUAGUCGAAGCUAAGAAUGAACAAAUUGUGCCGAACACUUCGUUCCUGUGGAGAACUAGCCAAGACAGAAGCCCGUCCCUUCAUUACAAGUCAAUCAGUGUCGAUUCGACUCUUAAAAGUGAUUCCGUCGAAGGCGAUGACUGGGAAUUGGUGUACGAGACGUCCGAUGUGAAGGCUUGCGAACUGAAACAGCCACCCACGUCGAAACCACCAGAAAUAACCAUAGAUUUGGUACCAGAAAUUCCUCCGAGACCAGUGAGUACCGGUAAACCUCCUCCGCCACCGCCGACCAGUCCCAAACCGAAAAUGCCAUUGCCGGACGAGAAGAUUUAUGAAGAAUUGCGUACCGGUCGUGAGAUAUACGAGUAUUGUCAACAUCCCGAUUAUGAAGACGUUGACACUAAAACUACUACCGAUGAUGGUUAUGAGUACUGCGCUUCACCAACCGUGGAAAACAUCUACGAAAUUCUUCCCACACCUCAAGCAACACCUCCAAAAGUCCACAGGACGUCCCUAAUCCAACAAGAACCUCUCCCUCCCACACCACUGUCAUACACUCAAAGCCAAAUCGGAGAAGACAUCUCUAACUGCUACGAAUCCAUCUACAAUCCCGAAUCGUUGAUUUGUCCCCAACUGAAGAAAGAUGCGGACAGUGAGAGCAAUUACGAAAGCAUCUAUGGAUGUCAAAUAAUCAACAAUGGUCAACCAAAUUCGGAAAGGGACAAAGAUUUUAUUUACAACGUCUCCACCAACGGAUCGAACGGUGGGUCCACGGGAUCUAACAGGGAUUCGUUGAUAUCGGAACAGCAGACCAACAGUUUGUACGGAAGAUCGUUGACGAAUUUCUGUCUGGAUAGUGUUUAUAAUGGAAAGGCAAAUAGUGAUUUGAGUGUUAGUGACCGCAGUGAUGAUUGGGUGGACGUCACAGAUAACGAAGACGAAAAUAAAGCUUCAGGAAUCAUAAUCGUCCGUGGAAAACAAAAAAGUAAAAAAUCUGGAUGGAGAGAACAUUGUCGGGAACAAUGGUCUAAGACACCCAGAAAAUUAUCACCUGAUCAUGGAGUUGACAGCGAUUCCGAUCAUCAUUAUGAGACUUUGUACACAAACCAAAACGGAGCUGACGAUUACGAUACCGACUUCGAGAGCGAUACGGAAUCGGAGAACUCCUUCGGUAGAGUUAACUUAAAUGAUAGUGGUUUAGACAUAGCGAACAAUCAACUUCCUGAUCCUCCAAAUGGGGGACAGUACGUAUUCACAAGACUGGCUGCAAGUGCAGGUAAACACAUGAAGAAGUUAAGGAGGAACUGGUCCCUUACCAAAAAUGACAUUAGUAAAUCCCUCAGUCGAAUGACCAAAAGAAAAUCUCGUACAGAUUUGACGACAAUAGAGAAUCCGUCUAAGGACGAUAAUAAGGAUGAAAGACCUCAAUAUUCGUCAGCUAAUACUACAAUCUCAUCUAGUAACGAUGUCUCUGUAUCACCUACCAGUCACAAUAACAAUUCGACUUAUCAAAACGUCGACGCCACUGAUAAGACCGACACCAGUGAAAAAACAAAAAGUCUAGGCAGAAAAGGUUUCCUAAAUAAAUUUCGACGUAGUAUGUCAAUGACGUCGGAAACUGCUUCUGAAUUGACUUCAAACUUGAAUAAACCGAAAAGCACGUUCUAUUUAACUGAAACCAUCGACGUGGACGAUAUAGAGAAGGCGGAGGAAGCCCAACCAGACAGUGGGGUGUCUUUGUCGCCGGUGCCCAUUACAAGGAGUAAACCCAACGUCGUCAGACCACAGAGUCCACCACCUCCAGUGCCACCACUAAGAAAUCCAGAGAAGAAAUUGGAGAAUAACGACCGUAAAGCUUCCUCUUGGUACGCAGAAGCUGGCCUCUUCCGCAAUGAAAGCCACAAGAACACUGCGAGAAGGUCGAACACGUUCUGGUACGCCGAAGUGGGACUGUACCAAACAUCGAAUAGUACUCCCAGCACUUCCAGUGCAGAAAACAGUGGCAACAAUAUAAUAGUGAACGCCAAGAAUCCAAACAACAAAAGCGUUGAGAUACUGAACGCCGAGAACACUAAGAACAAACUCUACGAAUCCCGUAAUAGUCUCAGCAAAGACGAGGAGUAUUACAACAUUAAAAACGACAGCCAAUACUACAACUCCAGUGUCAGCAGUUUCAGCAGCAACGAGACGAAGAAAGACGAAAGCAGUCUCAAUCAGGACCUUCAUGCACAACUGCAGGACGAACCUUUGUAUCAGUUCUAUGAUGCGGCUGUUCUUGAGUCUGUGUGUACAGAAGGCACUUCGGAUUUCGAUUCGGAUGGUUACGAAGAAGUGGGAUCGAAGCGCAGCAACAGCAGCUCGAGUUCGAGACCGUCCGCGAUGGAACUGAUAAAUCCAACGCGGAAUUCGAUGGCGUUUACUCGAACGCUGUGGUGCGAAAUCCCGGAGGUGAUAAACUCGUCAGUGCUGAGCACGCUGAGUUCACAUCAAAAACGACUUCAGGAGGCGAAAUUCGAAAUGCUGACCUCGGAAGCUUCGUAUCUCAAUUCUUUGAGCUUGUUGAACGAUCAUUUUAUAAGGAGCUUUAUGAGUUGCAAUCUUGUCAGCGAUGAGGACAAGGAGACGUUGUUUGGAAAAAUAUCAGCGGUGAAAGAAUGCUCAGAGAAAUUGCUUCAUGACUUGGAAAAGUGCUGGCAGGACAACAUACUGCUGCAAGGCGUCUGUGACAUCGUUCAAAAGCACGCCGAAGAAAACUUUUACGUUUACGUCACAUAUUGUGCCAACCAAAUCUCCAUUGAUGAAACGUUAAAGAAAUUAAAGGAAGUACCUGGAUUCGAGGAAAAAUUAAAGCAGCUUGAGACGAGUACAACUUGUCAUUCACUCACACUUUAUUCAUUCCUGAUGUUGCCGAUGCAACGGAUAACCAGAUGGCCCCUCCUUGUUGAUGCCGUGUUGAAAAGAUUGUCUCAGCAAGAUCCGGAGUACCUUACUUGUCAAUACUCUUUAGCCACAUUAAACAAGAUCGUCAAUCAAUGCAACGAAGCAGCCCGUACCAAAGAACGUGAAAUAGAAAUGAAGAAAAUCUCAGGACAAUUGGAGUUCGCCAAAGGAGUUAAGCCAAUUUCCAUAGUGGACCCAAACAGGUGGCUCAUUAGAUCGGGCGUUGUUACUCACAUGAUGGCUCGCACCGACGAAACUAAAUUAACCUUUGGGAAACGAUUCAACAAGGUUCCACUGCAUCUGUUCCUCUUCAAUGACAUGCUGUUUGUAACCAAGUUGAAGAAUGAUAAUACAUACAGUGUUAUACAGUACUGCCAAAGAAAUUUGGUCGAACUAAGCACUUCAGAUAUAAUCUCACUUCCUGUAAAGGACACACAUGGAAGACACCUGCUCUUCCUAACCCUUUUGGAAAACCAAGACGAAAAGACUGUUGAAUUUAUGUUGUCAUGUAGUAGUGAAAGUGAUAAGGAACGAUGGGUGGAAGCUCUGUCGCCGCUAAAGUCUGAGAACCCGGACGAGACACUGUACGAAUGUUGGGACUGUCCACAAGUAACAGUAAUACAUAAUUAUGUAGCUAGUCAACCAGAUGAAUUGCCCGUAGUUCGGGGCGAUGUCAUCAAUGUACUCAGAAAAAUGGCCGAUGGCUGGUACCACGGCGAACGAAUAAGGGACGGCCAAACUGGAUGGUUCCCCGCCAACUAUACCGUAGAAAUCGCAAAUCCACACGUGAGAGCUCGCAAUUUAAAACAACGAUACAGACUACUGGCGUUUUCGGAGAAUUAUUUAAAAUCAAAUUAGAUUACAUUCCAAUUAGUCAUAUCAUCAAAUGUUUUUUUUUACAUAUUUAUCAAAAGUAUUUUAAUUAAGUACCGUGUAUUUUUAUACAUAUAUUUAUGUUUUUUUAAGAAAAUAGACAACAAAGGUAGUGAUAAAUGUUGUAUAUUUUAUUAAAUUUUUAUAAAAAUUGUUAUAACUUGAACAAAAUGUAUAUAAAGGUUUAUCUAUUAAAAAUAAAAAUUACAAUAUAA